CUUUACCGGCGCCAAAACAUUAGACACUGGGAACAUUUCUCUCCGUCAUUUUUUCUCAUUUUUCGCUGUAAAAUUGUUCAAACCUGACUUUUUGAACCCACCAUGAGGCGAACAAGAAGUGCAAGAAAUAAGAGCCAGAGCAGUUUGCCUCAGAGUGGUGAAGGCGAGUCCAAAACAGUGUGGCAGUGGACGGGGGACGGGGGCCAGUGGGAGUCGUAUCCAGAGUCCGUGUGCACAGAGCUGGACUCUGCUCUGGCUUCAGGAAAAACAUCCUUCACUCUGAGUCUGGAGUCUGGGAAAGAAUAUGACAUCGACCUGAAAAAGAUGGUUCAAAUCAACCCGGUCACGAAAUACAAGAGAAAGAUCCGCUCCCACACUGUAAAGACAGAAAACAUAAAUGAAGAAUUGGAAAUUUGUGCUGCUGCGAUGAACGGAAACAACACAGAAAAUAAACAAGAAGAAGAAACAGAGGAAGAACCAGCUUCAAAGAAACGCAGAGGACAAAACAGAAGCCAAACCAAAACUAAGACUGUCCCCAAAGAAGAAAUCAAAGUAGAAGAAACGGUGAAGACGGUGGUGAUGAAGGGCAAGGCUCCGGUCGACACUGAAUGUAAAGCCAAACUCGGAAAGGCUCAUGUUUACUCUGAAGGGAAAGAUGUUUAUGACGUCAUGUUAAAUCAGACAAAUCUCCAGUUCAACAAUAAUAAGUUCUACCUGAUUCAGCUGCUGGAGGACGAUGUGUCCCAGUCGUUCAGUGUGUGGAUGAGGUGGGGUCGAGUUGGAAAAGUGGGUCAGAACAGCCUGACGUCGUGCGGAGGAGACCUGCUCAAAGCUAAAGACGUCUUCAAGAAAAAAUUCCUCGAUAAAACCAAAAACAACUGGGAGAACAGAGAGUUUUUUGAGAAAGUGCCUGGGAAAUAUGACCUCGUGUUUAUGGACUACAGCACCGGCGAUAAGGUGGAGAAUAAGACGGAGCCGGACGCGGCGGCGGUGAAGAAACCGUCGACGUUGGACGGUAAAGUUCAGUCUCUGCUGGAGCUGAUCUGUGACCUCAGGGCGAUGGAGGAGUGUGUCCUCGAGAUGAAGUUUGACACUCGUAAAGCUCCUCUCGGUAAACUGACCACGGAGCAGAUUCGGGCUGGAUACGCCGCGCUGAAGAAAAUCGAGGAGUGUUUGAAAAGAAAAGGAGGGAGUCGCGAGCUCCUGGAGGCCUGUAACCAGUUCUACACUCGCAUCCCUCAUGACUUUGGGCUAAAGCCGCCGCCCGUCAUCCGCACAGAGCAGGAACUGAAGGAGAAGAUUGAACUUUUAGAGGCUCUGAGUGACAUCCACAUCGCCGUGACGAUGGUUCAGUCCAGUGAAGACGGAGACGAGCAUCCACUGGACCGACAGUACAGGUCUCUGUGCUGCGCUCUGCAGCCGCUGGACCACAACGCUCACGAGUAUCAGGUGAUCGAGCGUUACCUGCAGACGACUCACGCCUCCACACACAGAGACUACGUCAUGACGGUGGAGGACAUUUUCACUGUAGAUCGACGAGGAGAGAGCGAGAACUUCCUCAAAGACCUUCACAACAGGACUCUGCUGUGGCACGGCUCUCGUUUGUCUAAUUGGGUCGGGAUUCUCAGUCAGGGGCUUAGGAUCGCUCCGCCCGAAGCCCCCGUCACUGGAUAUAUGUUUGGUAAAGGGAUCUACUUCGCCGAUAUGUCGUCCAAAAGUGCAAACUACUGCUUUGCCAAUCAGCAGAAUAAUGUGGGACUGCUGCUGCUGUGUGAGGUUGCCCUGGGCGACAGUAACGAGCUGUUUGAUGCUGAUUAUGAAGCGGAUAAACUUCCUCCAGGAAAACACAGCACCAAAGGCCUGGGCCGGACCGAACCGGACCCCAAGAACACGGUCACACUAGACGGGGCGACUGUCCCCAUGGGUCCAGGCGUCUCCUCUGCAGCGGUGAACCCCACAGGAUACUCUCUGCUUUAUAACGAGUUUGUGGUUUAUGACCCGGCUCAGGCCAGAAUGAGGUACCUGCUGCGUGUCAGGUUCAGCUACGCCUCCCUGUGGUGAGACUGGGAACUGCAGCUCAAAUAAGAGAGCGUUUGAAAUGAACAUAACUCUACAGAAACGUUUACGAUACGACAAAACCUAAUGUCAUUUUAUCAGUUCAUUGUAGAAGCAGAACAUUUUGCACUAUUCUCAAACAUUACACUUUUUAAACUGUGUCUGUAGAUUUAAAUGUUUCUUGUAAAACCGUAAAAGGUUAAAAACAUCAUGUGUAAAUCUGCACUACAGAACUCUGUGUCACGCCUUUAUCUGUGUUUUAAAAUGAAGAUGUUUGUUCAAGUCUUUUGUUGCCAUGGC